AUGAGCUCCUCCAUCCAGACUCUCUGCCGCGGUGCCCGCACUGCUCCCCGUGCUCUCCGUCUUGGCCUCACCCAGACAAGACGCCUGAGCACCACAGACCCCAGCCGCAGCGUCUCCAACGGCCGCGACACUGCUGUUCAUGACCCUAUCAUGGACAAGUUCUGGGGUGCCAGCGUCAACGUUUCCGCGUCUUCCGCCACCACCACCAACACCAACAACAUGUCUACCUCAUCCAGCCGCGACCCUCCCCUGGGAACCAACGCUUUUGAGCCCUCUUCAGCUCCUCGUUGGUCCGGAAUCUCCAUCCCCGCCGGCCGUCAAUAG